CCAUGCCCAUGUGAAGACGUCCACGCCGCUCCACGCUCUUUCUCUAUUCCUACCCUGUGUUCGACAUGGCUGUAGGCAAGAACAAGAGGCUGACCAAAGGAGGCAAAAAGGGGGCUAAGAAGAAGAUUGUUGAUCCCUUUUCCAAGAAGGACUGGUAUGAUGUUAAAGCCCCGGCCAUGUUCAACAUCCGUAACCUGGGCAAGACGUUGGUGUCCAGGACGCAGGGAACAAGAAUCGCCUCCGAUGGCCUGAAGGGGCGUGUCUUCGAAGUGAGCCUGGCUGACCUGCAGAAUGACGAGGUUGCUUUCCGUAAAUUUAAACUUGUCACUGAAGAUGUGCAGGGCAAAAACUGCCUUACCAACUUCCAUGGCAUGGACUUAACCCGUGACAAAAUGUGCUCCAUGGUCAAGAAGUGGCAGACUAUGAUUGAGGCACACGUGGAUGUGAAGACCACCGAUGGGUAUCUGCUGCGCCUGUUCUGUGUCGGUUUCACCAAGAAGCGCACCAACCAGAUCAGGAAGACCUCUUAUGCCCAGCACCAGCAGGUCCGCCAGAUCCGUAAGAAGAUGAUGGAGAUUAUGACCCGCGAGGUGCAGACCAACGACUUGAAGGAGGUUGUCAACAAGUUGAUUCCUGACAGUGUUGGCAAGGACAUCGAGAAGGCGUGCCAGUCCAUCUACCCUCUGCACGACGUGUACGUGAGGAAGGUGAAGAUGCUGAAGAAGCCUAAACUUGAUUUGGGCAAACUCAUGGAGAUGCAUGGAGAUGGUGGUUCCAGCAGUACCGCAGCCAAACCCACUGCUGAGGGAGACACUGGGGUAAAGGUGGAGCGUGCUGAUGGAUAUGAGCCCCCUGUGCAGGAGUCUGUCUGAGCGCAGGAUACUGUACUUUCAACUAAAAUAAAUGUUAACUUAAAGCCAUUGGAAAUAAACCGCACCUUCUCAAUCCCAAUCACA